CACUCCAUCGCUGAUGCACGCGCUGCCGCAGCGAUGCCAUGGCCUCUACGACAUCUAAUGUAGCGUUCGGCAACGCCUACUCCAGCGUCCAAGCCAACACCAUCAAUGGCUCUGUCCACAUUGGACUCGAGAACACCCUCAGUGGUCUCCCGCGCGCCGAAGACGCGCCCUUCAACUCGUACACUAAGCAGCACGAGCCUGUCUGCCUCCCCGACACACGCGUUGAUCUCCUACACGAGAUACACAGCUGGGCGAACGGGACAGAUGAGCGAUGCAUCUUCUGGCUGAGCGGGCUGGCGGGCACGGGCAAGUCGACCAUCGCCCGGACAGUGGCGCGCAGGUACUUUGGGGAGAAGCGUCUGGCUGCGAGCUUCUUCUUCUCGCGCGGCGGCGGCGACGUUGGCCAUGCGGGUAAGUUUGUGACGAGCAUCGCGGCGCAGCUUGCGCGCAGCGUGCCAGCGUUGCGGCAGCACAUCUGCAACGCCAUGACAGAGUGGAGCGACAUUGUCAGCCACUCACUGCACGAUCAGUGGCAGCACCUCGUUCUCUGCCCACUGUCGAAGCUGGAUGAACCAGAGCCAGCGAAAUACGUCGUGGUCGUUGAUGCGCUCGACGAGUGCGACAGCGACAGCAACAUCCGCAUCAUUGUGCAGCUGCUGGCCGAGGCACGGUCGUUGACAGGUGUCCAGCUGCGGGUGUUCCUGACUAGCCGGCCAGAAGUGCCAAUCCGGCACGGGUUCGGGCAGAUGGCGGAUGCGGAGCACAAGGAUGUUGUGCUACACGACAUCUCGCCGUCGAUCGUCGACCACGACGUAGGCCUUUUCCUCGAGCAUCACCUUAGGGUCAUUGCCAAAGAAUGCUAUCAGGCUGCCGACUGGCCGGGCGCAGAAGUGAUCAGACUGUUAGUGCAGAGUGCAAGCGGUCUGUUCAUCUGGGCGGCAACUGCCUGUCACUUUGUCCGUGAAGGGCUGUUCGCUGAUGAGAGGCUUCGCAUACUUCUUGCAGGCAGUGCUUCUAGUGAUGCAGUCGCGCCAGAAGAACAGCUCAACAAGAUGUAUGCCACAGUGUUGCAGACCUCGAUUCGCCCCGGAUACAAUGCGCAAGAGAUGACCAUGUACUACAGUAUGCUGCGACUUAUACUGGGAAGCAUUGUAGCAUUGAUUUCUCCGCUCUCUGUUGGAUCCCUGAGUGCGCUCCUCCUCGUACCAAAGCAUAAGGUAGACCAGACGCUGCAGAAUCUGCAUGCUAUUCUCAACAUCCCAGGAGACGCGAGACGACCGCUUCGUCUGCACCAUCCUUCGUUUCGUGACUUUCUGUUCGAUAGAAAGAGAUGCGGUGAGGACAACUUUUGGGUAGACGAGAAAGGCAUACAUAAGACGCUGGCAUCUCGCUGCCUCGAGCUCAUGUCUGCGCCUAACGGCCUUCGGCAGGACAUGUGCAGUCUCUCAGGACCUGGGACCUUAAAAAGUGAGAUCGAUGCAGGAUCAAUUAGUAUCAACCUGUCACCCGAGCUGCAGUAUUCGUGCCGUUACUGGGUCGAGCAUCUCGAGCGUAGCCAGCACAGCAUCGCAGACGCAGACGAAGUGCACGAUUUUCUCCAGACGCACCUUCUGCACUGGCUGGAAGCCAUGAGUCUGAUGGAGGAGACAAGCCAGUGCGUGCGCUUGCUGACAAGACUGCAGACGCUCGUGGGGCUAUCUGCAAGCGCCUGUGCAAGCUUCCUUCGCGAUGCAAACCGAUUUGUACUGCGGUUCUGUUCGAUUGUGGCAGAGGCACCCCUGCAGGUGUACUCGUCAGCGCUUGUCUUCGCACCAGAGACGAGCAUUGUCCGGAAAACGUUUGUCUACCAAGCCAUACUGGCCGUGGAAAUACUGUCGGGCGGAGAGGCAGACUGGGAUGCGUGUCGCAGCGUGCUGGAGGGCCAUUCACUCUCUGUCAAGGCGGUGGUGUUCUCGCCAGAUGGACAGCUGGUCGCCUCAGCAUCUCGCAACAGGACAGUGCGAGUGUGGGAGACGGCGACGGGCACGUGUCGCAGCGAGCUGAAGGGCCAUUCAAGCUUGUUCACGGCGGUGGCCUUCUCGCCAGAUGGACAGCUGGUCGCCUCAGCAUCUCGCGACAGGACAGUGCGAGUGUGGGAGACGGCGACGGGCACGUGUCGCAGCGAGCUUGACAACCCGUUCAUGUACAUUGACAAGCUCACCUUCUCGCCAGACGGUACUGCUCUGCAUACCAACAGAAGAGACAUUCCGCUGCCUGCAGACCUAUACCUGAAGUCGCCUCUGGAGCCAGAAGAACAUGCUUCCCACCUCUCAGUAAAGGGCCGGUGGGUGCUGCGCAAUACGCAGCGCUUUCUGUGGGUGCCCUUUGAAUUUCGGUCAUACAAAUCGGCAGUAUGUAAGGAUAUGGUCUGUCUUGGGUGUCCGUCUGGGCGCGUGGCUCUGCUUAGGCUGCAAUAGAGUUGUGCACAGGAGCGUUGCGGUCGUCUGCAGUAGCAUGCUCAUGAACACAUUAAAGUCUAAAUGCAACAACUGAGAUGCGAACACAAAUGGCAUGAACGGUUGUUGCUAUGAUAAAU